UUUCGAUCGGAACCGAGUUGGAGUGAUUAUUAGAAAAUAUUGUGAUCAUAGAUACUUUGAGGGAAGGCUGAAAAUAAUGACAAAUAAUUUAAACCAGACGAAAGUAGGUCAACGCAUAAUUAAUGAAGAUGGCGGGCAAUUUAACUAUGUUUUCAAAUCGCACAAGUCAAAUGAGCUGCAGACAAGAAAUAUUGGACAGCAAGUCGUAUCACUAUGAUCUAAACAUUUCUAUUAUUGUGAUAAACACACCGUUUGCCAUAUUUGCUGUUCUAAGCAAUCUCUUGAUUGUAAUCACAAUCGGUAAGUCUCAAGAACUUCGAGUCCCUGCGAACAUUCUUCUUGGUAGUUUGGCCGUUACAGACUUGCUAGUUGGUUUGAUUACUCAGCCUCUGUUUAUUACCUGGCGCUUGAUGUUACACUACCCAUCAACCAUCUGUAACUCCGAAGUCGUUCAUUCUCUAUAUGAAUGUUUCCUCCAUUUGUGCGCGGGCGGCUCUUUCCUCAGUCUCGCAUACCUCAGUACCGACCGUUUUCUGGCAGUAUCCAAGCCGUUACAUUACCGUGCUAACGUCACAACAACACAAGCCGCGCGUAAUAUGGUCAUACUGUGGCUUGCAUGGAUUGGUAUCGUUGUUCUCCGCUACUCGGGUAUUGACGAAGAAACCAAUCAAACCAUUACUUCGGUCAUUGCUGGCACUUUGGUAAUAUAUCUUGUUGCUGCUCAGAUAGCCUUGAUAGUCAGCGUCAAGCGCAACAGUAUUCAUGAUUUGCUUUCAGAGGGAAACGCUACCGUCAUCGCUUCGAAAAGAGAAGCACGAAUUGCGUUAACCAUUGUUUACAUUUUCUUAGCUCUCCUGGUUUUCCUCCUCCCCGCUGUCGUUGUUCAAAUUGUUUUGGGCUUCACCAGCAGUAAUAAGAGUAAAACCGAGUUGAACUUAGCCAUUUCAGCUCUUUUGAUAAACUCUUCUGUAAACCCACUUAUCUACUUCUGGAGAGGCCGAGACCUGCGCAAGGCAGCACGUCUUCUCUUUCUGGGCCCUACGACUAAAGCAGGCGAUAGCAGAUUGUCGUCUAAUAGCCCUGAUAAAAACAGCGGUGAUAACAGUGGAAGGUCUGUUGAGGAAACUGUGUAGAUAAAUUAUGUUAAAAGAACCCUCCCUAUGACAAAAAUGUAAAAUUGCAAUAGAAAUUCAGAGAUACUGUACAUAUGUCCUAGUUUAAAACGAUUUCAAACCAAUUUGAUGUUUCCUCUGUGUUCCAGCUACCUUACCAUAAUCUUAAAACAAAGUAAAAAUUAAAAUAAUACAACUUAUUUGAAAUUAAGUCAAACUGAAAUCAAUUUUAACCUCGGCAUUUCAGUGUUAAAACAUAGUCCUGCCUUUUACACUAUCUUAAUAGUGUUGGAACACUAUCUUGAUACAACGAGAUGUAAUUGUGAUUUAGAACACUGACAUUGCUUGACUGGAGUUAAAUGUUUUGUAACUGAAUCGCGAAAGGAAACCAAGGGUACUCAGCGGGCUUUAUAAACGUCUGUAGAUACGCUCUCCCAAAGAAAGGAAUCGCGAGUGUUUUCAGUCCAUUUAAAGAGAUAAAAACAAGGUUGCUUUCAUCUUUGUUGUCGAAGGCUUCAGGUUCAACUGAGGGGACAACCACUUUUUUCCUACCCUAAAUCGGGCGUUGACGAACUCAAAGUAGGGGUUGAAGUUGAUAACUGCAAAAUCCAGACUCGACGCAUUUGUCUCUGUGUGAGAUAUAUGUGUGAGAUAUAUGUACGGUAUAUGUACUGUCAAUAAUGAGGAGAUCAAGUGAGGUGGUGUGAGAUAUCUCACAUGAGCUAUGCACUACUGAUGCAUUUAUGGCUAACAAUAGUUUUCACUUUAUCUGCCCCACCUUUUGAUGUUAUAAAUUUUUUCAUUAUAAAGAGAAUUCUAACAGGUUUGAAGCAGAUUCAUGUAGUUGUGGGUUACGAUGAAAUUUUAACAUUUGCAUUAAUAAAAGUUUU